CCGUCAGAGCGGAGCGGAGCUUCUGGGAGCUGUCGCUGUUCAGGGCCGACGACCAGCGACUGAAACUUCACUGCCAAGAUGUCCGACGAUGAGCAAGAGCAGACCAUAGCCGAGGACCUGGUGGUCACCAAGUACAAGAUGGGUGGUGACAUCGCCAACCAGGCUCUCCGCCUGGUUGUGGAAGCAGCCAAGCCGGGGGUGUCGGUGCUCAGCCUCUGUGAGAAGGGGGAUGCCUACAUCAUGGCUGAGACAGGAAAGGUCUUCAAGAAGGAAAAGGAAAUGAAGAAAGGCAUUGCCUUUCCCACCAGCGUCUCAGUCAAUAACUGUGUUUGCCACUUCUCUCCCCUGAAGAGUGACCCUGACUACACACUCAAAGAUGGGGAUCUGGUCAAAAUAGAUCUCGGGGCUCAUGUUGACGGCUUCAUUGCUAACGUUGCUCACAGCUUUGUGGUGGGCGCCAGUAAGGAGAACCCCAUCACAGGCCGGAAAGCUGACGUAGUCAAAGCAGCUCAUCUGUGUGCAGAAGCAGCUCUUCGCCUUGUUAAACCGGGUAGCCAGAACACUCAAGUGACAGAAGCCUGGAACAAGAUCGCUCAGUCAUUCAAAUGCUCGCCUAUAGAGGGUAUGCUGUCCCAUCAGCUAAAGCAACAUGUCAUAGAUGGAGAGAAGACCAUCAUUCAGAACCCAUCAGACCAGCAAAGGAAGGACCAUGAGAAGGCAGAGUUUGAGGUACAUGAAGUCUAUGCUGUGGACGUCUUGAUUAGCACCGGAGAGGGGAAGGCCAGGGAUGGGGGUCUGAGGACCACCAUUUAUAAGAGGGACCCCAGCAAGCAGUACGGCUUGAAGAUGAAAACUUCCCGUACGUUCUUCAGCGAAGUGGAACGACGCUUUGAUGCCAUGCCCUUUACUCUCCGAGCGUUCGAGGAUGAGGCCAAAGCCCGCCUGGGUGUGGUGGAGUGUGCCAAACAUGAGCUGCUACAGCCCUUCAGUGUGCUACACGAGAAAGAGGGAGAGUGUGUCGCUCAGUUUAAGUUCACAGUGCUGCUGAUGGCCAACGGGCCUCACAGAAUCACCAACGGACCCUUCGACCCAGAGCUCUACAAGUCAGAGCAUGAAGUUCAGGAUCCAGAGCUGAGGACUUUACUACAGAGCUCUGCAAGCCGUAAAACACAGAAGAAAAAGAAAAAGAAGGCUUCAAAGACGGCAGAAAAUGCCACUGGACAGCCAACGGAGGACACAGAAGCCGUAGAAUAAAUAAUAAAUACUUAAUACUGCCUUUUCCACACAUGCAAGACCCCAAAGAGAAGCAAGAGAAAACAUGACAAAUUGCCCCCAACUCUCUGCCCAUUACACACCUUUGUUUUCAUAGAUUCAACAGAUGAAUUUUAGAUCCUGCGUGGAUGCUUAACCCUUUACUGCAUUCAUUGAAAUAACCAUGUUGCUCUUCCAUAACUUUGCUAGGAAAUAAACUAUAUUUGAAAGUAGUUUUACAUCUUUGAAAAGACUUGUUGCCAAAUGGUACGUGUGCGACUCAUUACCUGUUUUUUAUGAAUUUUUUCGAUCCUCUCCAUGUUUGUAUUAUUUGAAGCUAAAAUUUUACUUUUAAGUAAAACUGAGGCUUACCGUGGGCAUUAAUGGGAGUGGAUCAGUCUGAAUUUUGACAUCCAGCUGCA